AUGACGAAGCGUGAGGUUCCCCAGGAGCAUUCUCAUCGCAACGUCAAUCUCGCUGUCAACACCCUAUUGCAGCAGAACAACCCCGCCAACAUCCAGGACCCUGUCUUUGCUUUACUCGGAGCAGCGGCAGCAGCAGAAGGAGCUGGUGACAUUGCUGAUGCUGACUGCCUUCAGCUAGCCGUAGCCGACCAGGCCUUUACCAACGCCAAAGAGGCUGGUGAUGUGGAGGGUAUGACUAUGGCGCUUAUAUACCGUGCCUUGGAGCGCAACACUGGCUCUGUCGGCCUGAAGUCUGUUCCUUGCGAAUCGAUUCAGGCAGUCAACCCAGAAAUUGCCGCACUCCAGCAGCACCAGGACCCUGCUGCUGAUGGCGCGCAAGCGCUCAACAAGCAAAUUGCUGAAGAACUUGCACGCCAAAUUGCUUCCAUUGGUGGCGACCCAUCGAUGGCAAAUGAGGCUUCCACAUUUGCCCCUGGCGAGAUUGGCGACCCUACCGGAGCUGGAAACACUUGUGAUGACGCCACUGAUGAUGCCGGAUGUAUCAACACCCUUGGGCUCCGUGUUGACGACCUCAGUGAGGCCGAGAUCGCUGCUGCGGUCGCUGAUGUUAAGGGAGCUGCAAAGGGAGCUGCAGCCGACAACAAGAAUAACAACAAGGACGAUAAAGCUGCGCAAGAGCAGGCUGUUGCUUGCGGAAACGAAGCUGCUGCCAGUGCGGGCCAUGCUGCUGCCGCCAAAGAUGGCGCUGCUGCUGCCAAAGGUGACGCUGUUAGCAGCAAGGCGAGCGCAGACUUUGGCAACUGCGACCCUACAAUUGUCUUCGGCCUCCCAUCCGAUGGUCGCAAGGAGGAUGCUUUCGAGCCUUCGGAUCUGACUACCUUUAACCAUGGCUCGGCCCAGAAGAUUGCAAUCAUCUCCGACUUCAUCUGCUCCCAGCUUGCCAACAAGUGCGGUGCAAGCGCCUCAGCUGUCAGUACCUGCGAUGCUGCAGCAUCUGCCGCUAAUGGGCUUAAGGGCCAGGCGGCUGCGACUGCCUUCAACACUGCUCUUGGGUUGUAA